AUGGAGAAAGAGGAGGAGGACAAAGCUACGGAUGUGGACUUGGGGGUGCUGACCGGGUCCUGUUGUUGGAGGGGUGGGGAAUGGGGUCCCAAGAGUCAGAGGUGCACUGAUGCCCUGUUCCUCUCUUCACAGCAGUUCUCAGCCCUGACAGAAGUGCUUUUCCACUUCCUGACGGAGCCAAAAGAGGUAGAGCGGUUUCUGGCUCAGCUCUCCGACUUCGCCACCACCAACCAGAUCAGCCUCGGCCCGCUCAGAAGCAUCGUGAAGAGUCUCCUGCUGGUUCCAAAUGGUGCCUUGAAGAAGGGCCUGACAGCGGAGCAGGUCCGGGCAGAUUUCAUAACUCUGGGUCUUGGUGAGGACAAAGCCACUUACUUUAGUGAAAAGUGGAAACAGAAUUCCCCCACCCUGGCUCACUGGGCGAUAGGUCAGACGCUGAUGAUUAACCAGCUGGUGGACAUGGAGUGGAAGUUUGGAGUGACAUCUGGGAGCAGCGAACUGGAGAAAGUGGGGAGUAUUUUUUUACAAUUAAAGUUGGUGGUAAAAAAAGGAACCCAAACGGAGAAUGUAUACAUAGAAUUAACCCUGCCCCAGUUCUACAGCUUCCUGCACGAGAUGGAGCGCGUCCGAGCCAGCAUGGAGUGCUUCAGCUGAGUGCUGUGGGUCGGUUCUCAAAGCUACCCAGCCCCCGCCCCCACCCCUGCCUGUUGGGUGCUCCUUUUGCCUUGCUUGUGUCCUGAGAGCCCAGGUGCAAAGGUUCCUGAUAAACAACAGGAUUAAGUACUUAAAAAGCCUAUACAAUUGCUGGUGGACUCUUUGUUAGGAACCAUCAGGUAUCUCCCCGACCCUUUCCCCGGAUAUUCAAGCCUCUCCUCGGGAGAACUGAGUCAGCUCUCCCACCAACCCUCUAGAAGCACUCAGGCCACCCUUCCCCCACAAGGCCAGAACCCCUUGAAGGCUGAGCCAGCGGGACCCCAGUGGAGCGCCCCAUCCCCACCCCGCCCCUGGGUUUCUGUAGGGAGGGGCGGGGAAUGCAGUGAGCAGAGGUUCUGAAUGGAGCACUGUGUCAAUAUGUACUUGGUCUUCUCUGACCAGAACCCACGCUAAGCUGCCCCGAGUUCUGUCCCCGCGGCCUUGUCCCAGGGCCGGCCUUGGGGGCUACUGUAGCUUGUCUGGUUGCAGGGGACGGACAUGGGACAUCCUCUGGGCUGGUGGAAAAUAAAAAGGAGCCUGAAGGAAA